AUGUUUUCCCAUGUAAGCAAUGCCUUCCCUUCAAGCUUCAGCGAGUUUUCCAAGAGCAUCACGAACACGAUCGCGAGCCAGCUAAAUCUCUCGGGGAAUAAGCGGGAGGUCCCCAACUACAAGGCGGACGGAGAUGCGCACACUCCUCCUACCAUUGACCCAGAUGUGUUACUUUCAUAUUAUGCGCACGCUGCCGAGCACCGACCGUCGAGUCGCCUUCUGAAAGAGAGAGUGUUCGACAGAAGACUCAAAGGGCCUCGAUCGGCGAAUUUGCUUGUGUCGGGUUCGCCGAUUUUCGAGAGGCCCUGGAGGGCUCCUGAACGUGCUCCAGGACGCGGCAACAAGAGGAGAUCCAGCUCAGCUCAAAGCUUCGGCGCCCCGUAUCGACCAAAAACAGCCGCGAGUCUACAGAGUGGCAAAAACCUCCAGGAUUCCAGCGGCAACCAUCGGAGGAGUUCACACUCUCUCGGGGGCGUUUCCGGGGAAGAAUGCGUACCCCUUUCUGCGGGAGGGCUGCAACAACGGGUGAAGAGAACCCAGAGGCACGAACAAGCAGGGGAAGGUUCCCAAGAGAUCGCGGGAUGGCGAAGCAGAGGCGUGCCCAAAGCUUCGACGCGGGCGAGAACAAGGUCCUCCUUAACGGCGACACCUCCCGAGGUAUUGCCGCAAAUCCCGCACGGCGACCCAACCCCAGUGCCGGCAGACGACCACGCCGAGCAGGGUGGACUGGGAGAAGGUGGCCUCGGGCACGAAGAUUGUAGAAAAAGCGACGCUCCUGCUGCCGAAGAACCUACCGAGACGCUUUCGGAGAGGCCGUUGACGGCUCCUUCCGCUGUAACCCUGUCGCCCGAGCGCGUCGGUCAACGUGCCUUAGACUGUGAUGUAGGAGUUGACGGGGUGGCCGACGAGGCCACCACCGAGCCGACAAGCGGCGAGACCUCGGCCGCUUCGCCUGGGUGGGGGCCUCGUCGAUCGUCCAACGACGGUGAUCGAAGAAGUACAAGCUCGACGAGAAAAUCGAUUCGAUCAAGCGAUGCCGACCGAAACGACGACAAUGUCGGCCACACGCGCCCGGAACAACACGCCAGAGACCGCAUGACACGCCCACGCACCACCCCAGCAGUGGCAACGCCAGGAGUGGGGGCUUCGUUUCGCACAUCAGAGACAAUCCUCUUCGAUGCCCAACCUGUUCCUCCAUCGCUACUCAGUCGCAGGCCAUCGACAACGGCACCGCCCUCCCGACGCCCUACCAUCGAAACCGACGCCGCCCUCUCGAGGUCCUCGCUGCUACCGCCGGCCUCCACCGCUUCGGCACCUUCGCUUCCGUUCGAACGUGGAAGCGCCAUCUUGGGAAACUCGGUCGUCGGUGGAAGCGGCGACAGUCGAAGAGUGGGAGGAUCAGACAAUUGUGAAUUUUCAACAGCCGGAAGAAGUGGUGAAGACUGGUUUUCCAGCUCCCUGUCUGGAGCCACCGGUGCCACGUGGACGAAACGGUGGCACCCUGGGGAUAGUGGUGAUCUCGAUGUGGGGUCCGAGUCGGUUUACGGCGAGAGCAGCUGGCAGAACGAAGGGGCGGCGGCGGCGUGGACCAACAAUGGUGCGGCUACUGGAGCGGGGUGGGGGGGAGAAGACCAGAUGGACAGGGUGGCCGCAGCUCCGAAAUCGGUAGCGGCGUUCGGCCGGAGGCAGCGCGGUAUCUUGGCAGCCGGCGGCGGCGUCGACGAGGACAGACGGCCGGACACACGGGAGCGGUGCUAUGACGCCCCGAUUGAGGUCCUGAAGUCUUUCCAUCCGUGCGUUCGUUGCUUCGAUGCCCUCAUGGGUCAUCUCCGGGACGGCACGGGGGCAGAAGAGCUCAGGAGGAGAACUUCGAGCGGCUCCACCGUGGCGGCGGGAGAUCCUCAUGUCGCCUUCUUCGUCAGGUGGGAGACCAUGGAUAGGGGACUCGGGCGCUUCACCCCCAGGGGGUUCAUGGGCAGUUUUACUCCGAGUCCGUUUCGACCAGCGCUGGCAGAGUACGCCGUCAAGGCAGCGACAGAAGACCCAAAGUUUUGGGGCCUAGGUUGGGCGCGGAUUCCGGACACGAGCUACCUUGUCGUACGGCCCGUUCAGCACGAGAGGGACUGGCUUUCGAACCGACACGGGUUGAUCCUGUCGUUCAAGGACGGUGCCGGACGACACUGCCAGUCUACACUGUUUCCAGAGACCAUCCGUAAGGCAGGCUGGAACAAGGAGCGAGCUAUCGAGGCAAUAUACCAGAAGGCCGGCUACUGGAGAACUCGUAAGAAGCGGUCGGAGAAUCCCAGCAAGCCUUUGGUGGCCACCCCUACCCCAUCGGAGAGGAAAAGCCACAUGUUCCCGACGCCUACCGUAGUUGUAGCUGAUCCUGCCAGCGGUGACGACCCGGUUGUUUCGCGCACAGCUGUGAUGCUACGGUUUGAAACGGUUUCCUUUCGCAUGGGUUUCGGAAAGUAUAUCGCGAAGAAAAGGCUGAAAGGGGGGUAA